GUGAAAACAAAGAAAAUAAGAAAAAAAGGGGUUUUAUGGGUCUUGGCUUCUUGUAAUUCCGACAUAGUUUUUCCUUCCGAACCUUAAAAUUUUCAAAUAUUUUUGGAUAUUUGAAUUCAACCGCCAACGUAUAUCAACGCAAAGAAAAUAGAGAGUAAGUUUUCCUCAACUGAAGGCUAAAUUGCAGAAGAAAAGGCUGAUCAGUUCCCUGCUUGCAGUAGCGUUGUGCCAAAAUAUACAACUUAGCCGAUCCUUUUCUCAUCGUUCUAAGAGUAUCAAGUUUCAACUGACUAAAGGCUAUUGCUCACCUGAAUCAGUUUUUAAGGAAAGAUGAAACGCCGUCGUGGAAGCAAAAAAGGUAAAUCAAAGAAGCUUCGAACAACAGGUACAAGUGAGGGAGCAUCUAAUAAUGGUAGCAUGAAUUCAGAAACUAGUUCUGGUACGGAAGACAUUGACAAUGAUGGAGUUAACUCUGGGGUUGAGGCUGAGACACCAUCCUCUACCGGAACUGCUCAACCGGAAAAACCUGUGAUUGUUUAUUCUGGUGUGCCAAGGGACAAACCUCCAGGUUUAGCAGUUUAUGGACGUAUGAAAGUAAAACUCAAAACAAAAAAAACAUUAGACACUCAGCUCAAUUCUUCAGAAGUAGUCACUCAUAGUGAUACUGAUAAAAGUAGCCAGCAAGCUGGUCCAGAAAAACAGGUUGUCUCUAAUGAGAAAAUGGAAGACAGUGCAAACUCAUUGCCUGAGGCUAAUGUAACUACCCCAGGAAAUGUGCUAAAAAAACCUGGAGGCAUAAAGAUCAAGUCUUCAAAGGGCUUCUCUUCAAGCAUGAGCCCUUGUAGUAAUGUUGAAAUGGUGAAGGAAGAGAAGACAAAAAAACCAGAGCCUGAGUUACUUCACCGUGAUUUGAGAUUAAACAAGCAAGAACUAGACACUGCUUUGGAGGUUAUAAGAAAAAUUAUGAAAAUGGAUGCUGCAGAGCCCUUCAAUACUCCAGUCGAUCCUAUUGCUCUUGGAAUUCCUGAUUAUUUUGAUGUCAUAAAUACACCUAUGGAUUUUGGGACAAUAUGCAGUAAUCUGGAAAGUGGUGUCAAAUACAUGAAUUCCGAGGAUGUCUAUAAGGAUGUGCAGUAUAUAUGGGACAACUGCUACAAGUAUAAUAAUAAAGGUGAUUAUGUUAUGGAGCUCAUGAAGCGAGUGAAAAAGAACUUCGCAAAGUACUGGACAGCAGCUGGCUUAUACAGUGAUCAUCUGCAAAGUGCCGAAAGCAGUCAAAUUAAGGAGACUACACCUUCAAGUCAUGGAAAGGAACCUACAAAAAGUGGUUCUUUAACUCACAAACACAACAAAAGGCUUCAAGGGCUCAAGAAGCACAAAGAAGGCUGCCUUUGUGCUAUAUGUGUGAUGAUACGGCGCAGGCAGGAGCGGGAAGAGACCACUCAGUCCUUGGAUGACCAAGGCGAGGCUAGUGAUGAUUAUCCAGAUGGCAUGAAGCCCGAGGAAACUUCACCUGUAGAAAGUCGAGAGUACACCUCAUCAAAUAUGGAGAACUCACCAGAGACAGAUGUUGACACCAUUAUGCAAGAAAACGGAGCAGAGAGAAAGUUGACUGAAAAUCAGGACACUUUAUGUGAGAAGCUAGGGGAAGGGAUGAGGAGUGAAAUGGGAAUCCAAAGUAAAAGAACGGGGGUCACUUCUGAGCAUUUGCAGUCAGGUUAUACAUCUUUAGAUGAGCACAAAGCACAUGAUCAGAAGCAAAAUGGGGAGCCAGGUGGAGAUUUGCUGAAUGACAGUCGAAAAGAAAAUCUGCAGCAUGGGGAUGAAAAUGCUGCAACUGGGCUACAGAGGCCAAAGGAAUUGCAAGACAAGUACAAGAAGGCCAAGAUGUGGGAGAACUUGCGUUAUCUUGAAAAUACAACAGUUAUGGAUUUAUCUCGAGUCCUGUUUGCUGAUAAUCAAAGAUCUGUCUGGAAUGGACCACAUUCACUGGUUAAGCGUGGGGAUUCCACCACCCGCAAGAGCUCCAUUCAUGCAGCUAUUUCCAUGCUGAUGCAGUAGGUUUUUUCUUGACUAAUGAACAUGUGAAUCCGAAGUUAUUUUUUCGGUUGUGGAGGUGUAUGGUAGGUUGAGUGUAUAAUGUAUUUUGAGGGUAAUAAACUCUCCCAUUAGAUUGUAAACACAAGAAUCAGGACUAGAUUGUCUGGCAUUUACUAUUCAAGAAUAAUGAUACAACCCACUUUAGUUGAGCGUUUCUAA